AUGUCUGCUGCUCCAGCUGAAGCCCCAAAGAGAGCCUUUGGUAGAAACAACAACAACAAGAAAGGUGGUCCAAGAAGAGGAAGAAGAGAUGGUGAAGAAAAAGGAUGGACCCCAGUCACCAAAUUAGGUAGAUUAGUCAAAGCUGGUAAGAUUACCAGUAUUGAAGAAAUCUAUUUACACUCCUUACCAGUCAAGGAAUAUCAAAUCAUUGAUUUAUUAUUACCUGAAUUAAAGGAUGAUGUUAUGAAGAUUAGAUCUGUCCAAAAACAAACCAGAGCCGGUCAAAGAACUAGAAUGAAGGCUGCUGUUGUUAUUGGUGAUUCUAACGGUCACGUUGGUAUCGGUAUCAAAACCGCUAAAGAAGUUGCUUCUGCCAUCAAAGCCGCUAUCAUCAUUGCUAAAUUAUCCAUCAUUCCAAUCAGAAGAGGUUAUUGGGGUUCUAAUUUAGGUCAACCACAUUCUUUACCAACCAAGGUUACCGGUAAAUGUGGUUCCGUUUCUGUUAGAUUAAUCCCAGCCCCAAGAGGUAAAGGUAUUGUCGCUUCCCCAGCCGUUAAGAGAUUAAUGCAAUUAGCUGGUGUUGAAGAUGUCUAUACUUCUUCUUCCGGUUCUACCAGAACUAUUGAAAACACCUUAAAAGCUGCUUUCGCUGCCAUUGGUAACACUUACGGUUUCUUAACUCCAAACUUAUGGAAAGAAAACAAAUUAGCUCCAUCUCCAUUAGAAGUUUACCACGAAGAAGCUUCUUUCGGUAAAAAGAGAUACUAA